CGGAAAAAGAGAGGUUGCGUAACUCAUUCGAAGGCUAAAAGACAAAGUGGGUACGUUACAUUCGAGGCUGCCGAAGGUUCUGGAGGUUCUUAAAUCUAUUAAAACAGGGAGAGGGUUCACAGGUUUUCAUCUUCGUCUUCAGUCUACAAAGCAACAGAUGGCAGAGUCUACCAAGAGGUAUGCAGUGGUCACAGGUGCAAACAAGGGGAUUGGGUUGGAGAUAUGUAGGCAGCUGGCUUCAAAUGGAAUCAUGGUGAUAUUAACGUCUAGAGAUGAAAAAAGAGGGCUUGAAGCGGUCCAGAAGCUCAAGGAUUCUUCAAGUGGUCUGUCUGAUCACAUUGUCUUUCACCAGCUUGACGUCACUGAUCCUGCUAGCGUUUCGUCCCUUGCGAAUUUCAUCAAGACCGGAUUCGGGAAGCUCGACAUUCUGGUGAACAAUGCUGGGAUUGGCGGAGCCGUUGCAGAUGGCGAAGCCUUGAAGGCUUCUGGUUUUGGAAAGGAAGGUGCCCAAAUCAAUUGGAAAGAAGUAUUGACCCAACCUUAUGAAAUGGCUGAAGCAUGUAUGGAAACGAACUAUUUUGGAGCCAAACGAAUGAUCGAGGCUCAUAUUGACCUCCUCCAACUUUCCAAUUCACCGAGGAUAGUGAAUGUUUCCUCCAGCAUGGGGAAGCUGCAGAGAUUGUCUAAUGAAUGGGCCAGAGGAGUUCUGAGCGAUGCUGAGGACCUUACGGAGGAGAAGGUGGAUGGGGUUGUGAAGGCUUUCCUUGAAGACUUCAAGAACGGAUCUUUGGAAGCCAAAGGCUGGCCUGCAGUCCUUGCCGCUUACAUUGUCUCAAAAGCAGCCAUGAAUGCUUACACAAGGAUCCUUGCCAAGAAGUACCCAAACAUCAUUGUGAACUGUGUGUGCCCCGGAUUUGUCAAAACGGACAUUAACUUCAACACCGGUAUCCUGUCGGUUGAGGAAGGUGCUGAAAGUCCUGUGAAGUUGGCACUUCUUCCAAAUGGCGGUCCUUCUGGUUGCUUCUUUGUGAGGAAGGAAGAGUCGGACUUUUGAUAGAAGAUGUUGAGUCUUCACAUGAUGGGCCCCCAACGGUUUGAAAGAUCUAGUUGUAAUUUAUGGACCCCCAACAGCUCAAUAUUUCAUAUGUGACUUCUUCGACGUUGUCCUGAGUUGGAUUUACAUCCUCUUCCAUAA